AUGUGGCGUCAGCACUCAGCACGUUACUUGAGACAAGGCGACCGACAGCAGCUCCACAAAUCCCCAACAGAGGCGCACGAGACUGACGAGGAAGAGCGGGAUUGGCUCCAGGCCAGAGUGGACGAGGCUACGACACAGCUUGAGGAAUUCAUCAGCGGGCGUCAGAAAAAGAAGAAGCAAGACUUCAAGGAUAAAACAAACAACAAAGGAGGUACAAUAGGACAAGGGACCACUCAGACCUUGCCAGUCAGCUUCACGUCACCCAGCACAUCAAAAUCAACGGACUUACCCAGGAAGAGCAAGGGGGGAAAGUACGCCUCCGAGCGAUAUUUGGGCCCCGUCGGCCGCAUGGACUCGCUGGAAGUGCUGGUAGAUCCUUUUCCGAGUAGUGAGACCGAAGAAGACGCGACUGCUUACGACAACGAAGGACGAAAAGGUCAGGUGGAGAGCAAAGGAAAGGGAAGAGAAAAAUCUUCUCAGCAAAUUGGCAAUGAGGAGUGCGUAACCUCUCGUUUACUCGAGCACGGCCUUCUGUCUUGGACAAACAUCUGUGGCAUCUUCGACACCUUCUAUGAACGAUAUGCUCAACACUUUCUCAUCCUCGACCGUAGCUUUCACACGCCAGCGUUGGUCGCCAGCCGGUCGGCCUUUCUUUUGGCCGUUGUCUGGGCGGUGGGAAGCCGCAACAUGGCAAACCAUGAAAAGCCAGAAAUCAGCGCCAAAUGUUGCGUGGAAGCUGAGCGCCUGGCCGCACAAUGCUUCAGUCAGGGCACAAAGAGCGUCGAAAUAGUCCAGGGGCUGCUGCUUUUUGCCAUGUGGAUGCCCGAUUCGAAACACUGGAACGAUGAUCGAUCUUGGGUGUACAGCGGCCUAGCGAUGCGCAUUGCUACCGAUCUGGGCAUUUCACAGCAGCACGAGGGCGCAUUCGAGGACGUCAUCAACAAUUUCAAAAAUAUCGCCCAUGACACAAAACUCGAGAUUUUCAACCGGCAGCGGACGUGGUUAUGCUGCUAUAUAGUCAACAAAAGCUUUUCAGCCCUAAUGGGUAAGCAGGACAUGCUCCAAGACGAUGAUCUGAUCAUCCACUGCCGUAGAUGGUGCCUUGUAGCAAUCCACGGAGGUGAAGAUGAUGAAAGGCUAAAUCGCCCCUGGAAUACGGCGAUCGCCGCGCUUGUCGACUUGCUUCGUAUGCUGUGUCGCCAACUCAAGCAUCUUCGUACCUGGAAUCUCCGUCGGUCGGCUGCCCCUGCGUUCAAGCAUAGACUACAGAAGACGAAGGCGGCAACCACCAAGACAACGGCAAAAUCUAUCCACGCUACUGUUGACCACGAGGCCAAGAUGGCGUGUAUUCGUACCUUCAACGAAGAGCUAGACGAGUGGAACAAACACUGGGCUUCAAGAAUGCUUUUCGAAUUGCCUAAGCGAUGUCAGUCCCGUAAGCUAGAUCACGAUUCGAGGCUGCUCCUUUCGCUGCACCGGCAGUGGUCCCCUCGAAUUAGCUAUGCUAGGCUGCUUGUCAACUCCUUUGGCCUUCAGUAUCACCUCAAUCUCCCAAGAAGAAAAGGAAAGGUAAGCAUCAACGAGGGCAUCUUCUUUGCUGCCUGUUGGCUAUCGGCCCAUGACGUCAUGUACGGCACCACGGGGGGCAUGCGCGCUUCUUUGCCAUGGGUACCCGACGCGCAACUCAUCAUGGUCACGUACGCUAGCCCAUUUCUCUUCAAGCUCGCUUGCAAUCAGGCGAAAUUGGCAGAGCACCAUGACAAAGAGGGCGCUCUUGCACUCGUCCAGGAAGUUGCGGAUACGUUGAAGAGUACUGCUAUGGUCAACAUCACCAACGCGGCGCUUUAUGCGAACUUGCUGCAGUCAUUGCUCAAUCCACCCUCACAAUCUCUCGACUGA